AUGGAGGGCAACCCGUACAUGUUCAAGAGCCUCGUGCAGAUCUACGAGGAGUACUUAAAUCUUAUAAUCCAUCGAGUUAAGGGUUAUAAAGUGCUAAUUUUAGAUGACGAAACAAAAACAAUCAUUUCUCUUAUUUUUUCACACUCGUAUAUAUUAGAAAAAGAGAUUUUUUUAACCCUUAAUUUUAAUGACAGUAACAUAUUUGAAGAUAUAAAUAAUAGUAGUAAUAAAAAUGAAAAAUUUGAUUUUAAAAAUUAUAAAAUAAAAAAUUUGAAGCAUUUAAAGGCUAUAUUUUUAUUGAGACCCACGCAUACUAAUAUACUAAAACUAAUGAGAGAAUUAAAGAAACCAAUUUUUUUAGAAUAUUAUUUAUUUUUUACUAAUGUGUUAAGUGAAAAAUUUAUUGAAAAGUUAGCUAAAGCUGACGAGUUUGAGGUAAUAAAAAACAUCAUGGAAUACUAUAUUGAUGGAUAUGUGUUACAUGAUAAUUUGUUUUCCCUUAACAUUGACUAUACAUCCUUUUUAUAUAAAAGUGGUAAGGACUCGUUGAGUGAUAAAAGGAAGAAGAGUCAGAGUAUGAAGAAGUAUGGUAAUUCGAAUAGCAGCAGUGCCGCGUUACAUAAAUACGAUAUGCUCACCAUUGACGAGUUUAACGAAAUGAAGGAUGAAGAAGGGAAUUCCGUCUUUUACCAAAAUUAUGCCAUCAACAACAAGGAUAAUGUUGGAGUUAGCGGAAGCAUGACCACUGGUAGUGAUAAUCCCAUGGGGAUGGAGGACGAUGUGCAUAGUUACUCCAGUUUUAUCCUGUUUGAGAACCAAGUUGUAAAUCGAAUAGUUGAGGGUUUGUUUUCCCUUUUAUGCUCUAUUAAACAGGUGCCAGAUAUUAUAUAUAAUAAACAUUCAUCCAUCUGUAAGAAUAUUAUAGACUUACUAAAAAUGAAGAUGUUAAAACAUGAAUGUGUCUUUUCGGGGGUAUUAGAAGCAUAUGAAAAGUACGAAAAUUUAAUUGAGAAACAGAGAAUGGUAAACCAUCCAGUAAAUGAAAUGAAUUAUCAACUGAACAAUAUAAUGAGUAAUCAAAAUGUAAAUACAAUAACAGAAGGGAAUUGUUGUUAUAUGUUAAUUAUUGAUAGGAGUGAAGAUCCUAUCACUCCAUUACUAACCCAGUGGACAUAUCAAGCUAUGUUACAUGAACUUAUUGGAAUAGAUAAUAAUAAAAUAAAUUUAGAAAGUAAUAAGGAAGAAACACAAAUAGUUAUGUCUUGUAUAUACGACGAAUUUUAUAAUAAUCAUUUAUUUGACAAUUUUGGCGAUUUAGGUAAAGCAGUAAAAAAUUAUGUAGAUGCAUAUCAAGAAGAAACUUCGAAAAAAACGAACCUUGAAUCUAUAGAUGAUAUACAGAAAUUUAUAGAAGUUUAUCCUAACUAUAAAAAAUUGUCAGGUAAUGUUACAAAACACGUAAAUAUUUUACAUAAAUUUUCCGAAAUAGUAGAGAAAAGACAAUUAUUUUUUAUUUCCGAGAUCGAACAAUCCAUAGCCAUAUAUCAUAAAAAGAGCGAACAUUUCAAACAAGUUAUUGAUGCUAUUCGUAAUUAUAGUUAUACAAACUAUGAUAUUUUGAGGCUAUCUUUGUUAUACUCUUUAAAAUAUGAAGAUGAGGAGCAUAUCGAAUUAAUUAAAACAGAAUUAACAAAAAGAAAUAUAGAUAAGGAUCAAAUAUUGCUAGUUGAUGCUUUACUACUAUAUUCUAAUGAACAAACAAAAAUUAAUCAACUUUUUAAAGAACAAACUUUUUUAAAUUUUGCUAAAACAACUAUAACUAGAACUAUAAAAGGAGCUUCCAAUGUUUUUACUCUACACAAGUCGUACAUUUACUAUUUAAUAGAAGAUUUAAUUAAAUCAAAAUUGAAUAGUCAAAUAUAUACUACUACUAAUCUGUUAAAUAUAGAACCAAAUGCAAAUAAGAAAGUCAACUCUAUGGUUAUAUUUUUCAUAGGAGGUGCUACCUACGAAGAGUACAGAGAUAUACAAAAUUUAGCCAAAAGGUAUAACAUUACCAUUCUCCUUGGAUGUACGCAAGUACACAACUCCCAGUCUUUCUUGGCCGACGUGUUGCAGCUUGUUAAGACUUGA